AUUCCACCGAGGACAAUGCUUUCUGAUUAUAAGCUAACUGAUGAGGCAGAAGUCAGGGAAGCACUGAAUGGGUCCCCCGCUUCAGAAUGGCUUGCAAAUUCAUCCAACUAUGGCCACUACAGAGAUGAGUACAUAAGGUACCGCCACUAUGAGGACUUACGUGAAGCGGAAGGAGAAGAUCGAAAUCUCGUAGGGGCCAAUAUAAGGGUAGGAAACAUCUCUCCUCAGCUAUGGUCAGUGCGAAUACCAUGCUGGGCAGCCGAAAAUGGAAGUAAACUUGUGCGGAUACCGCGUGGGCAAGAUAGUCUUGAUCUACCAUUACCUGCUGGUGUGACACAUGUAACUGCUGAAGCUGCAACUGAGAUUUUGGAGCUGAAUGCUGGGUUGAAUGCCGUACUAUUUUCAACUUCAUUGGAAGCAAGCAUAGAGAUCAGUCGCCUACGGCAAGAGAUUGAGAAAUUGAAGAACACCUCGGGAACAACCAUUGCAAGUUCAGGUAUUGGUGAAGACGUCAUAGAUGAUGAUGCAGAACAUGAGUUUCGCACAAAAUUUAAAGCUGACCACAUAGUUAGAAAAGGAAAGACAAAAAUUACAGAGGUUGGGGAUGAGGAUGAGGAAGCCGAUGAGGACGAGGUUGGGGAUGAGGAUGAGGAAUCCGAUGAUGGCGGGGCCGCAGCUAAGGGUAAUCUGAAUGCAGAACAAGACUCCACACACCAAAAAGGCAAAGUUGAGAAAAGUCUUCGUUCACGUACCCCAAAGAGAAAGAAAACCAAGUAA